GCUGCGGCCAGAACGAACAUUCCGCAAUUUUUCGGGAGAAAGUUUUUACCGUUUUACCGCGCUGCAUCGACUCGAGAAUUUUCGCAAUGGCGCACGCCAACUUUGGAACCAUGGAGUUCCUCGAGAAUCUAAUUGAUCGAUACAAGAUCAACCUGCUGCAGAUGAUGUUUGGGACCUUCAUCGCCACAAUAGUCUUCUUUGGAGGCCUGAUGACAUUCCUGGAGAAGCACUUACCGAAUAGCAUCCGACAGUCCUUUCGGUACGGCAAGCACAGCUUCAAGGGCGAAACGGAUCCAUUGGUGGCCUGGCUGGAGGUGCCCAAGUCCUGGUUCAAGCACUUUUACAUCUUCGCCAUAGCCUGGAGUUGGCUGGGCUUCUUUCUGCUUGUGUCGACGGUGAGAGAUCAGCGGGAGGCUCCCGAAUAUGUCCUACGAUUCCUGGACUUUAUGGGCGGCGGCCGGAGCCAUCGGAAGGUGGAGAUCGACUCGACGACGGCCUGUGUGGGCGCUUUGAUGCUGACACUGCAGUGCACCCGCCGCUUCUAUGAAACUAGCUUUGUGCAGAUCUUCUCCAGGCAAAGCAAGAUUAACCUCAGCCACUAUGUCGUGGGCUAUGUCCAUUACUUUGGAGCCGUCAUCGCCUUGUUAUCCAACACCUCGGGCUUUGUACGCGGCUCUAAGCCCAUGGAGUUCACCUUGGAGAAGCUGACGGGCCAGCAGAUUCUCUAUCUAGUCGUCUUCACCGUCGCCUGGCAGCAGCAAUAUGCCAGCAACAUGAUCCUGGUCAACCUGCGGAAGGACCCCCGCACGGGUAGCGUAAAGACGGAAAAGCAUCUGCUGCCCAAGGGUGGACUCUUUAAUCUUCUCUCCUCGCCGCACAUGUUCCUCGAGGUGGUGAUGUACUUCUGCAUCGCCGAUUUGUACAUGCCGGUGAGGAUCUGGCGCCUCAUCUUCCUGUGGGUGGCCAGUAAUCAAACGAUCAAUGCUUUGCUCACCCACAAAUGGUACAAGGAGACUUUUAGGGAUUAUCCAAAGAAUCGACGUGCUAUCAUUCCGUUCCUGCUCUAAAGACUUUUCGCAUUUUUAUACAAAAUAAUUUAGUAGUGGAAUUUUUUAUUAAAGUCGAUUUUACACGCUCUGUC